CUUGCACUUGAUCCAAACUAAGAUAUCAUUCAUUCUUAUUGGAAACAAAACCAGCCUUCCAUCAGAUUUAUUCAAUGAUUACUUAAUUUUCUAGUGGAUUGUAAGGUAUGAAAAGACAGAUUAUGGAAAGAUCCGUUAUCCAGAAAGCCCCAGGCCCGAGCAUUCUUGAUAACAGGUCCCUGUAAUGGCACAUAAGAAGAUUUGCUGCCUGUGAUAAAUCUGUGCUAUCACAGAUGACAAAUCUCCCCAAAAUACCUUCCCCUUGCCAAAUAACCUUCAGAUCACUGCAUGUAAAACUAAUUGCUUGCAGCAGUCCAGCUAAUCGCAGAAAAAUGCAAAAGAAGAAAAUUUCCUGUUAAGCAGGAUCGUCAUGGGUAAUAUGUUUUACUUGUCGAGAUCCGAAGGUUAGGCAUGGAGAAGGGAUUUUUGCACCCCGUGGUAUUGCAAAUUUACCACAGAUGACAAAUCACCCUGUGUGCCUGCACGCUUAAUUAUAAUAACAUUUAAUGGAUGAGGGAAACCUGAAAAACUAGUAAUUUUCAUAUGAAAGUCCUGAAGAGCCACAACCCAGUAGAAGCUGGAGCCUGGACCAGCCUCCCCCCACCAGCACCAGAUGUAGAACGGAAUGCUUCCAUCAAAAUAUUGAUUGAAUAUUGAGCUUCUGCUUUGUCCUUAAAAGAAGGGUUAUUUUCUACUUUUUCUUACCCAAACUUCCCAAUGUAAUUAGAGAUGCACUGAAUCCACUAUUUUAGGAUUCGGCCGAACCCUAAAUCCUUUGAGAAGAUUUGGCCAAAUAAACCGAAUCUGAACCCUAAUUUGCAUACGGAAAUUAGGGAAACAAGAGGGAAAAAACCUGUGCAUGCAGGAGGGCGUGAUGAAUUGUUUUUUGUGUGACAAAAUUUCACGAUUUUUUUGGAUUCGGUUUGGCCAGGCACUAGGAUUUGGUGCAUCCCUAAAUGUAAUUAAGAUUUAACAUUGAAUUAGUAUUUGUUUCAUGAUAUCACUCGAUCAGGGAAUGUAAUUAACUCAAACUAAUUCUUAUAGAGUGGGACUGAACACCAUAUGGCAGCAGCCCUAGAAUGGUAUGAAAUAAUCCUUUAUUUACAUUGUAAAGUGACGGCUAUUUAAUUCCAGGAGCCAGUGUCAUAGUGAUACUUGUACAGUACAAUCCAACCACGUGUGGGCGUAAGCAACACACACAGCGUUUACUUUCCACACACAGAAUACUGAUAUCUGGUUCCUGGAACCCUUUUCUCCUAAGGGACUGAAAUUCAUUUUGCUGAUUGAAUCUUUUUUGUUAAAUAUCUUUUAUACGUGUUCUGCCUCCGGCUGAGAAAUUUGAUCUAGAAAGCCCUUUAAGGCUUUAACUGUGCAGUGGUUGAACUGACGUAUCUUCCAUCAGAAGAAAAAUGUGUUUAACUCAGUGGGAAAUAAAGAAAUUACCCUACACUAUACUUUUCUUUCUCUUGGCAUCUGUCCCUCUAAAUCGUUUUCCAGAGUUUAGGGCCACUUCCAUAAAGGAGGGCACAUAAGAAGCUUAGCAGUUAUUGUCAAGUUUGGGUGACCCUGGGACUUAGCAGGACCCACUGACUUCACAUCUUGUUUUCUUAACGCUUAUUCUGUUGUUUUAAUUUGUUAGUUUCUGUAAUACUUCGACUAUAAACUGCAAUGUACUUCAGCAUAUUGACAUCCCACGUGGUGGCAAUUGUACCGCAGCACCAACUAACUCACAUCACAGAUAUUAACGCAGCAACUCCAUAUAUUAACUGCAAGUCUGCGACUAACAUUAUAGCUGUGAUGUAGUCAUGACCUGACCUACGGUGCGUUAAACCACAAAACAUGCACACUAUACACACUGUAUCAUCCCCUUCCGAAUAGUACAGUACAUGUGAAAGCUGCUGGCUGGCUACGUUCCGCGCACGCGCAAUCUACUUGUUUUGUACAAGAACCCUUGGACUUCUUUACCUCAAUACGGACGUCCACCAAUUAAUCUUAAACAGCUGCUUGCAAGACACGCCCAUGGGAUUAGUCAUUGGUCCACCUGCCUGUGAAUAUCCCUAAAUGCCCCGCCCUUAUAAGCACAAUGACAUAUAAGUGAGGGAUGUUGCUUUUGUGGUACAGUUAAAAUCACGGGCUGGUUUGUUCUGGGUUAUACAGGACGUGGCGUCCGUAGCAUAUUUGUCAUUGUUUGACAGGUUUGUUUUUCAAGGAGCAUUUUGCUUUCAGUAUUGCUUUCACGCUCCUUUUCAUUUCUUCGGAGCGUUGCUUAGAGCGAGCAGGAUGAUUUUUGACAAAGUAAAGAAAUUCAUGGUUGAGUUGGACUCUGCCGACUCGGAUACCCCUUUAGUGUUUCACAGCGGGGACACCGUGACAGGGAAGGUGCUCUUGGAACUGGUGGCUGAAGCCAAAGUGGAGUCUGUGAAGCUGCACGCCGGGGGUUAUGCCAAGGCUCAUUGGACUGAGUCGCGCAGCGCUGGCUCCACUACCGCUAUCACUCAGAACUACAGCGCUGAAGUGGAGUACAUGAACCUGCGGGAGAGCCUGCUGCACACAGAUAAUGGCACACUUACUGUCCUGCCACCAGGAAGGCAUGUAUUUCCCUUCCACUUUCAACUGCCUGAGACCUUGGUAACAUCUUUUGAAGGAAAGCAUGGAAGUGUUCGUUAUUGGGUAAAGGCAAAGUUGCAUCGUCCAUGGUGUACAGUCAAGAAAGUAAAGAAGGAUUUCACUGUAAUAGAACCUAUUGAUAUCAACACCCCAGAUCUCUUGGCUCCCCAAGCAGGCUGCAAAGAAAAGAUUGCACAUGCCUGGUACUGUAACCUAGGGCAGGUCUCAGUCACUGCAAAGAUAGACCGAAAAGGCUAUACUCCAGGUGAAGUUAUUCCCAUCUUUGCUGAGAUUGACAACGGCACAACACGUGCUGUGGUACCCAAGGCAGCUAUCAUCCAGUCGCAGGCUUUCAUUGCUCGUGGCACCAUGAAGCAAAAGAAAUCGGUGGUAGCCACUUUGGCAGGGGAUGCAGUGCCUGCAGGAAAAAGGGAAACUUGGCAUGGACGUGCUCUAAAAAUUCCUCCUCUUUGUCCUUCCAUCUUGCAGUGUCGGAUUAUUCGUGUGGAAUAUGCUCUGAAGGUUUGUGUUGCAAUUCCUGGCUCUUCAGAUUUGGUUCUGGAGCUGCCAUUGGUGAUUGGUACCAUCCCACUGCACCCAUUUGGAAGCAGAACUUCCAGUGUUGGAAGUCAGUAUAGUGUUGGAAGUCAGUAUAGUGUUAAUUUGGAAUGGCUACGUAUGACCAUACCUGAACAGCCUGAACCUCCUCCUGAUUAUUCUUCAGUAGUGUCUGAAGAGGAGGCAGAACACGACCUUUCACCUCCACAUCAUUCUAGCAUGGACUGUAUUCUUGAAGGGCCAUUCUAUGCUUAUAUUCAAGAGUUCAGGAACAGGCCUCCUCCUCUUUAUUCUGAGGUUGACCCUAAUCCUCCCACUGCAAACAUCAGACCUCGUUGCAUGACCUGUUGAAAGAUGACUCAAACUGAAUUGCCUGUUUAACUUAAAGCUAUUGAGCUUAGACUGAAAAUGUCCCCACCUCCAAACGAGGUUUCCUCUGGGAGAAUUGGCCCAGAGGUGGGCAGAAGCAGACUUAUGCCUGUCUUCCCUUGGAGAAAUGAAGCUUUCCGUUCAGAGGAUGGGUCUGGUGUUGAGGUGCAUCGCCAGAAUCUCCCAGAAAGCUGUGAAAUGAAGAGAAAGCGAGGAGUUCUAACCACUAUUAAACCUUUGAGUCGGUGAUUAUAGUCUGUUUUUAUAGCAUUCACAUUCUGCUGAGUUCUAAAAUUCUGCUUCCUGAGCCUCUAGGGGGGAAAAAACAGACUUGCAGUUAAAGAAAAGCUAAGCUGUAAUGAGAUUUUACUAAAACUGUACUAGUACAGCAUUUUUUUUCUUUGUUCUUUUACAGAAUUGUACUUUUAUAACUAAAACUGUUGAAGGUCUGUCACAGCCGAACAUGUUUCAGGCUUUUUGUGGCUGGAGCACAGAAACCAAACUGUUAAGGGCUGAGCAUUUCAUACAACCAAAGUUAAUGUUUACAACACAGUCAAUCUGGUCCAUAUUUUGCUAGCAGGUGCUGAGUUGGAGAAUUUUCAACUUUUUCAGUCUUUGAACAUAGCAAAUCUAUUUUCCACUGUAAUUUCUACAAUGCCUGCAUAUAACCAAUGAUUGAACUGGGAUGGAAAAAAAAAAAGUUUACAUUACAUGUAAUAGGCUUGACCUGUGGAAUAGCUAUAAUGUAUCUGCCUUAGGUUGUUAUGCCAUGCCAUGGCAGCAGUGGCCUGUAAUGUAAAAAUCUUUUCUUAAACUGAAACUUAACUUGUUAUAGAAUACACUUUGUAUUUCAAGCACAAUGAGUAUUUAUUCAAUCUGUAAAAUCAUCUUCUUUCCUUCAGUAUUAAUGAGAAGGGAGCGCUUUAAAAUUGCAUAUGGAACUCUGUGCCUUUCUUUCUAUUAAGUGACCUUUUAUAUAAGUCGGCUGUAAACUCUGAGGUGGGUUUACUCUUUCUGUUGAGAACAUACUUCAAUGGGAAUUUCCAGAUAUUCCCUUACCUUUAAGGUUAAACUUUGGAUUUGUUGCUCUAGGAUGACUAUCUUUCAAAACAAAAAACUGAGGAAAACAAAGUGAAAAUUCCAGUUGCUGCUUGUGUAAGGGGUGAACACCUGCUUUAAGUUAUAACAAAAUCAGAAAACAUGUGAACCCUACUGCUGCAACUUUUUUAUUGCUGGAGAUCUUUUUCUCCCAACUGAUCUGUGAAUUGCAAAAGAUAUAGUGUGGUAUUUAUGGUUAUUGAUUUUAUUUACACAGUCAAGAUUUUUACUGCAUUUGUGAUUGGCUGCUUUGAAUAUUCCAAUUAAUAUGCAAAUUAAUAUGCAACUAUGUAUGUAAUUUUUCACAAUAAAUCUUUGCAUUUAGUUGA